GAGUUGUGGGAGGAGGGCAGUGCUCUAGUUGGGGGAUAGGGAAUGCCCGUUAGUUGCGUCUGCCGAUAAUAGCACAUCAGCUGGAGCGCUGCUAUUGGGAGAGCAGAGCGCAGGCAGUGCGGAGGACUGAGCCGCUGAGCACAGAAUGGUACACUAGAGAAGACAGGCACACUCAGACAGACAGCGGUAGAGUAAAAGGAAGAGCAGAGCACGCUGAGAAGAGGAGGAAGGAGAAAAGAGCAGAGCAGUGGAACGAGGACAGGAGAAAAGUUCCCAGGUUCAGCAAGAGAACGUGGAAGUGGAGCAGCUGAGACGCACGGGGGUCCCUUUCACUGGAACAGCCCGGCUGCAAUAAGCAGCACAGGAGGAGAGUGAUAUUACAAGAAGGGAGUCGUGUAACUUGUUCCCGGAAAGACAGUCCUGUAAUAACGUGAAGGUAAUGCUCCUCACAGCAAUCUUCUGCACAGCUUCUAUCACAGCAAGACAACAGCAGGAAGCAUUUAAGCCUGGUAGAGGUGCUGGAAUUCUGCAGCUCUAUUCACUUCUAUACUGAAGACUUACUUGCCCAACUGUGUGCUUUGAGGUGGAUGUAGUUGUGUCUCUGUGAGGCUGUCAUAUUUUUUUGCUUCAGGGUGUGAAGCAGUGGAGAUUUGGAGGGCGAGUUGUUCUGUCCUGUCAUCUCUGAGACUAUGGUAGACUGUGCGUCAGGGAGCCCUUCAUCAGGAGCUGCAGCCCUAGAGCAUGGAGAAGUCCAGCAGUGAGGAGUCAGCCAUUCACCGAAGCCCCUCCAUAGAUAGCCGUGACUCCGAUUUUGCUCAAGCUUCCACGUCUGGCCGCCCGUUUGGCGGCCGCGGCUUCACUGCCGGCGCAUUCUACGGCUCCACGGGGCCGCGCAAAAGCGCACAGCAGGGGCAGGCUGGAGCAGCAGUUGAUGCCAGCGCAGGAGACAAGACCAACAACAAGUACAGCUCUCCCAAAGGCAGCAAAUACGUAGUCUUUUACCUGGAUCUAUCAUUUGUGUUCCUUUUAGAAUUCAAGAAGUGCAACAUGGCAAGAGGCUGCCUCUGCUGUUUGAAGUAUAUGAUGUUCAUCUUCAACCUCAUCUUCUGGUUAUGCGGCUGUGGGCUGCUCGGCGUGGGCAUCUGGCUCUCUGUGUCGCAGGGCAGCUUCGCCACCUUCUCGCCCUCAUUCCCCUCGCUGUCGGCUGCCAACAUGGUCAUCGCCAUCGGCGCUAUCGUCAUGGUAACGGGCUUUCUCGGUUGCCUGGGUGCCAUCAAGGAGAACAAGUGCCUGCUUUUGAGCUUCUUCAUUGUCCUGCUGAUAAUUCUCCUGGCAGAGCUGAUAUUGCUCAUUCUGUUCUUCGUGUACUCAGAUAAGGUGAGUGAGAACGCCAAGCAGGAUCUGAAGGAUGGGCUGGCUCUCUACAACUCAGAUAACAACAUAGGCCUGCGAAAUGCCUGGAACAUCAUCCAGGCAGAGUGGAAGUGCUGCGGUGUGAUAGCAUACACCGACUGGCACGAGGCCCUGAAGGAGAAGGUAGUCCCUGACCGCUGCUGCCAAGAGCAUUACCAGAACUGUGGGCAAAACUCCACAAACAUGUUCUGGAACAGGGGCUGCUUCGAGAAAGUGGAAGAAUGGCUGGAUGACAACAAGCACCUGCUGGGAACCAUAGGCAUGGUCAUCUUGGUCGUACAGGUUUUCUCCUUGUUAAUUGUUGCCAUCGGGGUGUAUGCUAAAGUCCAGAAAGCUACAGACACGGUGCGGGACACGUUCCUGAUCGACCCGGCUGUCGUCCUAAUUGUGGUGGGGGUGGUCAUGUUCUUCAUCACUUUCUGUGGUUGCAUUGGAGCCCUCCGAGAGAACAUUCGCCUCCUCAAGACAUUCUCCUUCAGCCUGACAUUGGUCUUCCUCACCCAGCUGUCCAUAGCAAUUCUGGGCUUCUUCUAUUCUGAUCAGACUCGGGAUGCUUUGGGAAAGUUUGUGGAGAAAGCCAUCGUGCACUACAGGGAUGACCUGGAUCUGCAGAAUCUGAUGGAUUACAUCCAGAAAGAGUUCAAGUGUUGUGGGUGGAACAACUACACAGACUGGUCUUGGAACCUGUACUUUAAUUGUACACAUGAGAACCCCAGCUCCGAGCGCUGCGCUGUGCCUUACUCCUGCUGCACUCCUGUUCCUGGAGAGACAGUGAUCAACACUAUGUGCGGUUUUGGGGUUCAAACCCAGAACUACCUGGAGGCAAACAAGUCCAUCUACCCGGUGGGCUGUGCGGACAAAGCAGUGAUGUGGAUCGAGUCUCAUCUGCUGCUAGUGGGGGCUCUCGCCCUGGGUCUGGCCUUGCCUCAGAUUGCAGGCGUCGUGCUGUCCCAGAUCCUGAUCGCUCAGAUUCAAGAUGAGAUCACCUCAGAGUUGUGAGAGCGGGCCGACGCAGGGGAAGAGGAGGGAAGAAGAAAACACAAUCCGCUCAGCUCAUCCGACAUGUGCAAGGACAUUCUUUUUUUUUACGGCUACUGUAUCACUGCAACAUUUAGGUACAUUACACAUUCUUAACAUGCUGUUGCCGACGGGCAUACAAGUGUGGUGCACAAGGAGUCAUCAGAUGCAAAGUGUAUAUUUAUU